GAAAGGAAGCUAAUUUAAUAAAAUUUUCAUUUUCCUUUCCAACAAUAUAUACAAAGGCAUAACAUAAGUAUAAUCGUUAUCUUGACAUUCCACUAUGUCCUAUACAUUCUAUCAAGUUAUUUACAUUUUUUUUCUUCCAAGUCUUUGAGAGUAGAGUAGUUUGCUAUAUUUGACCAACCAAAAAAAAAGAGAGUAUAGUUUGCUAUAUUAACGUAAAUAUUAGUUAGUGGCAUAAUAAGUGAAAUGAAAUAAUCAAAGAAAACGAAAACAAAGUUGAGAGUUGAGGUUUGAUGAAUGCAUGCAAAUAAUGAAGCAUCCAAUGUCACCUUCAUCCAUUCUAAGAAGCAAAAUUCGGUUCUCCCCUUACCUUUUCACCCUUCUAGCUUUCAUCAUCUUUGUUACUAUCCUCUAUGGUGAAGAUUUCAUGUGCAUCUUUGGUCAACAACUCCAAAACUACUCUAACCAAGACAAACUCUACUCCACAAAUGAGAGGGUGAAGAAGCAGAUCAAAGUACCGUUUGCCGUGGGUAAAACAGAGGAAGGGUGUGAUAUAUUUAGUGGAAGAUGGGUUUGGGACGAGGUUGCUCGACCAUUGUACGAGGAAUCAGAUUGUCCGUACAUACAACCACAAUUGACUUGCCAAGAACAUGGGAGGCCCGACAAAGAUUACCAGCAUUGGAGGUGGCAGCCACACGGUUGUGAUCUUCCUAAAUUCAAUGCAAGUUUGAUGCUUGAAACACUUCGUGGAAAGAGGAUGAUGUUUGUUGGAGAUUCUCUCAAUCGUGGUCAAUAUGUUUCUUUUGUAUGCCUUCUUCAUCAACUCAUUCCUGAAGAUGCCAAAUCCAUGGAAACCUUUGAUUCACUCACUGUAUUCACUGCUAAGGAAUACAAUGCAACAAUAGAGUUCUAUUGGGCACCAUUUCUACUAGAAUCAAACUCGGACAAUGCUGUUGUUCAUAGAAUAUCUGAUAGGAUUGUAAGAAAAGGUUCAAUCAAUAAGCAUGGUAGAAAUUGGAAAGGUGCUGACAUUUUAGUAUUCAACACAUAUCUUUGGUGGAUGACUGGCUUGGAGAUGAAGAUCUUACUUGGAUCUUUUGAUGAUGAAGUAAAAGAGAUUGUCACAGUUUCAACUGAGGAUGCUUAUCGUAUGGCUAUGAAAAGUAUGCUUAGAUGGGUGAGGUUGAACAUGAAUCCAAAGAAAACUAGAGUCUUUUUCACUAGCAUGUCACCUUCACAUGGAAAGAGCAUAGAUUGGGGAGGUGAACCAGGAGGAAAUUGUUACAAUGAAAAAACAUUGAUUAAUAAUUCCACAUAUUGGGGUUCAGACUGUAGAAAAAGUAUAAUGCAAGUGAUUGGUGAAGUUUUAAGCAAAACAAAAGUUCCAGUUACAUUUCUUAACAUCACACAACUCUCAAGUUACCGUAAAGAUGCACACACUUCAAUCUAUAAGAAGCAAUGGAACCCUUUAACUCAAGAACAAUUAGCUAACCCUGUUAGCUAUGCUGAUUGUGUACAUUGGUGUUUACCUGGUCUUCAAGAUAAUUGGAAUGAACUUUUGUUUGCUAAGUUGUUUUAUCCUUGAAAUUAAAUUGUUUCAUAUGUACAAGAGAAAAAUAUAUGGGAAAAUUUGAUUGAUUUUAUCCCAA